AUUUGGUGCCCCCUCUAUCGAGCCGCUGCGCCCUAGUUUUUUUUUUCUUUCAAGGGGCUAGUGUCGAAGUUGUGUUGUAGAUCUUUGUAUAUUUGAUUUCAGUAUCUAGUCAGACAGAGUGAAGAUUCAUCCUCCUCGACGUGGACGUGGUCAGCUGGCGUGUCCUGACUUGGAGUGACGGUUGUUCAGUCCUAUGAGUCCUCCUAAACAUUUCUGCACUGGCCCCCUUUUCUAACUAAACUAUACCGCUAACUCGAGUUAUACCGUGACCUAUUUACACCUUCGCUGGAAGCUGAAGACGGACGGCGACCAAGAUGUCAGUCGCGGGGUUGAAGAAACAGUUUUAUAAAGCCAGUCAGGUUUGCAAAACUUUUUUUUGUUGUUGUUGUUGCGACUAACUGUCAUGUAUCGUUAGCUGUUAGCCUCAUUUAGCUUUGUGGGCUAACUAGCGGUUCCCAGUUGUCUAAUGUUAAUAAUAACGCUUUGUGCUGUGACACAGUGGGAAUAAAGCUAGAAAGACUUUGUUGCUUUAAGUUGGGGGUCUGUUUGUUUUAAAGCUGGUUUAAUUUUGUAUUAAUAUUUGGAUAAAUUAUAGUUGAACUAGCGGGAACUUAGUUAAGCUACUUUGCUAAGCAGCGUUAUAAAGCUGUUCAUGGUUAACAGUCGAUACUCAGUUUCUGCUGUUUAUUCACGACCCGGUCACAUUCAGUAAGUGUGGUAAACAUUAACGCUAGCUCUGUUUGCCUUAGGGACUCUUCGGGUGACUCACAGCGCAAAACUGUAUCAAACAUAUCAAGAAGAAGUUGAGUAACAAACCAAGAGAGGGGAUAGUAGUUUGUUCAUAUUCACUUAGAGGAGCUCUUCAUGUCUGAGGCAGUGAUAGCUGAUGGGAAAACCCAGUUACCUGUUUACCAGAUGUGUUUCUUUUAGUGGAAUGAGUCAAAACGGUGUUUACAUUAAAGACAGUUCACAAACCACUCAGUUCUAAAUACUGCACAUACAUGUAUAAAAGUCUUUUUCUGUCUAAACCCCAGCAUGAAUGUUUUUAAUUUGUGCCAGCUCGCUCAGUCAUGGGCGGGGACGCUUAAACAGAUUUUUUUUAGGAGUCUCUUUUUCUUCCUACCCCUGCUGAUCUAAGCAGGAAAGACAUUUGGUUUCUGCCCCAAGCUUCCUGUCAGGAACACACUCAGAUCCCUGUAGGUUUGGUUGUGAAGAAAAAUAAAUAACAGUUGUCAUUUUAGGAUUGUUGAAGCACAGAGUAAUGUAAAUGAAAAAAAAAAGCCAAGGUGUUUGCAGCAGAGUAGGAAUGCAGUAUAGAGCAUCAGACAAGAGACCAGUGGGGUGAUGCAGAGAGAAGCUGGGAAUAGAGCAGCGUACUUUCCCUUUACUUGACUGCAAUGCAGCUUCUUUUCUUGCCAAAACUCCAUGAGAGUAAAUAACUCUUGACAUAGCUCAGAUUUUCUACACUAGAGGCAUGCAGGAAGUUGGCUGUGGAAAAGAAAUCUGUUCCCUGUAGCUCACACGUCCUUAUUUUCUUCGUUUACAGUAUAACUAUCUCUAUUGUUUGGUUUUCUACAUAGAUCGGCACUUCACUUGAGAUGUGUAACCUGGAAUAGUAGACUUAUUUAGAGCAAGGAAUAACAGCAGAAGGUUAACUGUUAGAUCCAGAGACAUUUUGAAGAAUUGUUUAAAAAAAAAUGUCUGGAAAUAAACAAAAAAUCUGGAUAAUUCUUUUCAUUUCCAUCUGAUUUUUUGUAGUAUGCACAAAUCAAACAGGCUUAAGGCUCCGUACAAUGCCCUCCAAUCCUCUUUGGAGCUAAUGCUAGUGCUAAUCUUCUGCAUCUGUGUAGAGGUGUGUGGUCUUCAUUUUCCAAAAAUAAUACACACACCUACUGCCAUUCAGAGUUCUUCUUUUGCCUUCUUUAACUCCUAACAACACAGAUCAGUCAGUAGAAAUUAGUUUAUGUGCGCGUUUAUUAAAAAGUAGACUUAUCUCUGCUCAGCCACUACAUAGAGGUGCAGGAUUCUGUCUGCAUUAGGCAUGUGCCGAUAUGAAAAAAUUGAUAUUGCGAUAUUGGUGGCCCAGAAUAUCACGAUUCAUGAUAUUAUCAUGAUAUUAUUGUAUUUGUUAAUGGAAUGAUCUGUGUGAUAAAACUGACCAAGCUCCAUCAAUGAAAUGCCAUAAUGCUUCUGAUGGGUCUCCAAAAAGGCUACUGAAUCUCUUCCACAGCUUCACCUGAAUCUCCAGUCACAGCCACUUUCCUCUUGGAAGUGUGGUUCAUCCAGAUCAUGUGGCAGCAAAGCUCUUUUUAUCUUUGGCUCUGACCCAUUUUUCUGGUCUGUAAUUAUGAUGUAAUUUUUUUCAUAUCAAACAUUGUGGACAUAGUGUUGUACCUGUUGAAGUAAGAUAACACACAGUGGCCUCAACGGAAUGAUCUCAUAUAAGGCAGGACUGUUGAUCAUGACCAGUAAACUCCUGUAGUUUUCUCCUCAUGUGGGUGUUUACUAGCUAAAUUCCACUCGCCACGUAAGUAGUCAAAAGUCAUCGACAUCAGGUUGCUGUUUUUUUCCUUUCUCUUCUCACCUAUUUUCUGUCCAGGCCUCUGUGUGAGUCACUUUUUAGGCUUUCAAAUCUUCCAGUCAUCUAAGCCAAACAAGACCAGGAUCAUGAGGCUUUCUGAUAAUGCACCGGCUUUUAACUAACCACCCGUGGCUUUAAUACCCAAUCAUUAGGGUGAAAAGGAUACCUGUUUUAGACUUAUCCCUAAGUGUAACUGUAUGCAUGUUUAUCCCAAAACGUCCAGAAGAUAACCUUUAGAGGAUGUUUUUGGCUGCGGUCCUUUGAUCCUGUGUGCAUGUAAACAGGUAUGUUACACUGACAUGAGCGGGCGAAGCUUUCAUUAGUAGCGCAAAAAGGAUGCAAAAGGAGGAAAGUGGGAAACAGAUUAAUCAGAUAAGUUAGUGAUAUUCACCCUCAUGAUUAGGAUUCAAAACACCUACCAGAGAGCCGAGUUUGGCAGAUAGAGGUGCAGAAUAAGUUAUGAUAGCAACACUACAGUGCUGCAGUCCUCCCUCUGAGGCAGAGAGUCAAAUGCUGAAUCUGCUCAUAGUUUAGAGACUGUAUCUUUACUUUUGACCUGAAUCCCCCAAGGCCCUCGGUCAUGUGCUUCGCUCAUACAGCAAAGAAUCUGCAGUUUAUCAGGAGGAUCCUUCGUUCACUGCAACAAAGAGGAGGCUGAGCUUGUGGGAAAGAUUAGUCACCAUUUAUGUUAUUACUAAAUCUACAUACUGACAUCUCUGAAUUUAAAGUGUAUUUCUUUAGAGUCUAUUUCUUUUGGGUCCAGAAACAUCUUUAAAAUGUCCACAUUUUAAAUUUUAUCUAUGUAGAAAACGUGUGAAAUUGCUGUUACUCUUUCACAACCAAGGAUAUUUAGCUAAAAAAAGAAGACAAUGACCAACCAAAUCUAGUACACAAAAGCUUUGAUAUGCUUUAAAAAAUCCCGUGACAGAGUAACACAACAGGAAAAUGGAUUUAUACUCAUAAUCAUAAGAGAGAGCCUCAUUCAUUUGGUAUAGAAAUGGCAUUCUGGAGUACUCUGCAUUGCAUCAGCAAUCCAAUCCAAUCCAGGUUUAUUUAUAAAGCACAUUUAAAAACAACAAAGCGCUGACCAAAGUGCUGUACAGUAAAAUAAAAAAAAUAAAAAAACAGACGAUUGACAUGAACAAAAGGAGACAGGACACAGGAACACACUAAAAACAGGGGGGCAUAGAUAGUUCAGUAAAUACAUGAUUAAAAGGCCAAGGUAAGUCAGGUGUCAUCCCCAUAUUUCCAAAUGCUAACACACUCAUUUCACAUUAAAUUACAGCAUAUCAAAUCUGAAUCAGUUACUUGCCAGUGUUUCAUACAAAUUAUGUUUGAAUGUGCAGAGUAAUGUAGCAUGAAUGCAUAAAUAUCACCAAGUAAUGAAAAUCAACAACAGCCUUGUUGCUGGCUAAGGUUACCAUGCAUAUUAGAUUGUUAUGUACAUGAAAUCACAGAUUUAUAAGUGUAUUUUUUUGUCUGUUUGUAACCCAAAUAUUGACGUAGAGUUUUUUCAGACAUGGUAAUCACAGAUUGUAGGUCAGAAAUCCGAAAGUCCCUUGCAGCAGUGCUUUACUAAUCAAGUAUUUUCUGUCUAUGUAUAUUUGAGAAAAUCUACAUUCAUGUUCAGCAACUUUGUUUCUCAUUUUUUAUAUUGUUGUAUUUAAAUGCAAAAAAAUAACAAGGUCACAUCAGCAUAACAACCAUCAGCUGACCUGCUCACUCAUAAUCAGCUUCAACCAUUAAUCAAAAAUGAUAAUGGUCUGAUUUUACACCUUCUGAAUGCAUUGACUGCGCUCCAGUGUCUCAUGAUAAAUAUGAACCUUCUCAUGCCAUUGUAUCUCCAUGCUGCAGAUGUUCUUUUGCACCCUUGGCUUUGUUAGGUCAUGAAUAACAAGCGUCCAUAUGUGAGGCUCCAUGCUGGGAGUGAAGCAUUUUAGCCCAGAGAGAGUUGUCACUCUGUAAAUGAUGAUGAUGAAGAUUACCAGAGGAGCAGAGCAGACACUCACACUCAGACCUUGCACAGAAAAUGUUGUAUUUUACAGUAAAGUCAGACAUUCUUACUCUCUCCUCUCAUUCAGUGUGCAUGCAUGCAUGUGUUCAUAAACACUAACUCCUCUUGUACUCAGAAUCAAGAUUUCAGUAAGCCUGAUCAAAAACAAGGUCACCAACUUACUACUACAAUGUAGUGGUGCAAAAAAAGCAUAGAUUGGUGCAGAUAAAUUCACCAUAUUUUGAACAGGACUAAGUCAUAGGAGUAAUUAUGUGCACGUAUCCCUGGCAGUGCUCAUUGACUCUCUCUCAACAGUUUGAAAUGCUCACUCUGUUUGUACUGUGGAGCCUUGUGGAGGGAUUAAAGAUUAAUCUGUGCCGUUACAAACUUCUCUAAAAACUUCCAGUGCAAGACAGAUCCAUCACAUCCUGCUGCGGUUAAUCACACCACUACAGAGCUGUCAGCAAUUUCCACAGAAACCAUAGCAUGAAACUGUGUGAAAAAGCCACGGCAGUUGUAGAGGUUAGCCUCUUUUUUUGUAGAAUACUAGGUGUCCGGGUUACUAUGGUAACCAAGGACUAUUGUUGCGUGACAUUUUUAAACCCCCCGACUUGUACAAGGGGUGAUGUGAGUUGUUUUCCUUGUGUCCUGGAGUUUCAGCAGAUCAGACCAAUCAGAUGUGUCAACAAAAGGAACAAAUUCUGCUCACAAUCGUGUCAAUAAGCUGAAUGUGUACUGUAAAUACAUGGGAACUGAGUCUGUUUUCCUUUUUUUCUAUGUAGACUAAAAACAUCAGAGAGCUCUCACUCUCAUGUGCUUUCAAUUAACAUAUUCGAGUCGACUUGAAUUGUUGCUCGUUGUCUCUGUUGGACUAAAUGUUAUUCCGUUUGAUGGUCCAACAUUUUUCGCCGGUGUUUAUCACCAGUAUAAGAGAUUGCAUAACAUUUUCUGUGCUGAUUUGCUCCUCUGUUAUCAGUCGUUCUGCAUUCCUAUGUUGAAGUCACCUUGAGGGGUUAGGUUAAAGGUAGGAUUUUAAAAAGCAGACCCCAUACUUGAUUUUUUUUUCUGGAGGAAACAUGCUUCCUUGUUUAUCCUCGCUGAACAGGCAUGCUAAAGUCCAAAAAAAGACUCACUACUCAAAUCAAAACCUGAUGAGCAGCGGUAAUUAGUUUACACUGAUUUUUUUUUUCUGUCUCUCUCUGUCUCCUUCUUUAGAUGGUUAGUGAGAAAGUCGGUGGCGCAGAAGGAACGAAGCUGGAUGAUGACUUCAGAGACUUGGAACGGGUGAGAGAGGAAUCUGUUCGAGGUCUUAAAAAAAGAAACAUCUUUUUGCCAAAUGUGUAGGCCUUGCUGGUUUGACGGUACACAAUGCAUCAACCCCCUUCUGCUGCUCUUAAUGUUAACACCUCAUUGAAAGCAUGACUUCAUCCACUGUCAGUUCACUGAAGUGCUCAAAUUUGACAUGGCAGCAAUGAUGAGUUUUGGUUUAUGUAACAGCCAAAUAAAUCAGCAACUCUUUAAUAACUUAUUCCCUGUUUAAUAAUACACAGAAAAAUUCCAAACUUAAAGUGUACAACUUUGUAACACAUGAGGCACUUUUGAAUAUGUGCAAAACUGGAUGUAUAAAAGAAUUAAGUAAUUAACGGUUGAGAAAUGUCCAAAAGGUUUAAAAAAAGGGAACACAUCUCAAAUUCUAACCAGUUGAUUCAGCUCACUUCAGUAUAAUCAGAUGAAUUCCUGUGUGCCUAAUAGGGAUGGGUGAUAAGUUAUUGUUCACGAUUUAUCAUCAGAAAAUUCCUCCCUGAUAAGUAUUUGCCAUCUCAUGAUAAAUACAAUGAAUGCAAGUUGAUGACGUAAGCAUGAGCGACGGACUUUCAACCGUAGCCCACAUAGAGCAAAAUCACAAACAAACAUGGCCGAAGGUAAUGAGGAAGAUGUCUCUGAGCAGCUUGUUGCCAAACAAGGCUCCACAUGAGGGAUUUACUUAGAGAUUGGGGUUUAGACGAGUGCAAUCAGGUAUGCCUGACAUCGGACAGUAGAUCUGCUCACUCUGUGCAAUGAGAGUUUUUAAUAAGUGUUAAAAGUGUUUUUACAAAUGAAACUUGUUUGACAUCACUACUUUUCUAUACAAGCUACCACUUAAACUUGUAGUUAGGCAUCUUAUUUGACUACUCCAACUGGUGUUCUCGAGACAAAAUAAGUCAAAAACACAUAAAAGGAAUUUCAUCAUUAUCACCAGAAUGGCAAAACUUAUCGUGAUCAUUUUUUUAGCCUGUAUCGCCCAUCCCUAGUGCCUAAUCAACUUGAGAUGUGCUCCCCUUUUCAUCCUUUUUAAAAACUAUCGGAGCUGAGGCCAAGCACUCUACUAAGAAAACCUCACUGCUACCUCUUAUUGUGAUAAAUCCUAAAUUUGUAUAAUCUUUUAAUUAAAUGACAGCAUUUAAAUGAGUUUUAUUCAUUAGUUAAGUUUAUGAAGUCAUGUGUUGCUCUACCCUUGUCUUGCCUGUCUUCAAAUUGACUCAUUGGUUUGUUUAGAUAGAUAUCGUAAUGAUAUCAUUAAUGUGAUGGUUUACAGACAAAUCAGAGGUCAUGACAACCCUGAAUGACACUAUUUGAUACAACUUGAUAUAGUAAGACACAUCACAAUGCAGUGAGAUGUAAUAUGACACCACACCACAUGAUGAACAUGACACCACAAGUUAAAAUACAAUACCACAUGAUACCAUAUUUAACAAUAGGAUUUGAAACCUUAUGCUUUGAAAAGGUAUGAUUUGAUUUUAUAGCACACCACGAUACAACAUAAUAUAUGAUAGCAUAACAAACAAACAGCUUUAUUGUUCCUUUUUGUGUCCCUGGUGUACAUUUGUGAUGUAAGUGUGUUUGCUGUGAUUUGUAGAAAGUAGAUGUGACCAGUAAAGCCGUAGUGGAGGUCAUCUCCAAAACAUCAGAGUACCUUCAGCCUAACCCAGGUAAGAAAAAAAAAACAGAAAACGUGUGUUUAUGGAUUCGUAAACAGACCAUAAAUCCUCAGAUGACAUUAGCUUCAACUCCCUCUCACAGCAUCACGGGCCAAAUUGUCCAUGUUGAACACCAUGUCCAAGAUCCGGGGUCAGGUGAAGAAUCCAGGCUACCCUCAAGCUGAAGGGCUGCUGGGGGAGUGUAUGAGCAAGUAUGGACGGGAACUUGGAGAGGACACUAAUUUUGGUGAGAAAAGUUUGUGUGUUUGUGUUCGUGUAGUAAAUUCCUGGAUGAGGAAUGUUGAGGUUUGUUACUCUGGGUUUUUGGGUGUGCUUGGUUGUGCUUGUGUGGUUUUUUUCUGUGGUAUACUGCAAGUCGAGUGGAUAAAUUGCACUCCAACUGUUUGAAUGGCAUCUAGUUUUUUUUUUCUAUUAAGCAGUCUGUGUGUGUGAAUGGUGUUUUUCUGUGUGUGUGUGUGUGUGAUCUGAAGGUGAUAUGACUCUUUGGUACCGCCACAUGAAUUCACCAGUGUCACUGAACUAUUAAAUCCCCGUCUUUGUGGCUUAGGGGGAGCAUUAGUGGAUGUAGGAGAAGCCAUGAAGAGAUUGGCUGAAGUAAAAGACUCUCUAGACAUUGAUGUCAAACAGAACUUCAUCGAUCCACUACAAGGACUGUGUGACAAGGACCUUAGAGAGAUACAGGUACUUUGACAUUUUAACAACAAUCACUUCCACGUGUGACAGACCGUCAAGCUUGCAAAUUCCAUCUAAUGCAGGAUAGUUAUAGUUUCUUCAUCCUUUCCUUUGUUUACCUUUGGUGUCAUCAUUUCAGCACCACCUGAAAAAGCUGGAGGGCCGCCGCCUGGACUAUGAUUAUAAGAAGAAGCGUCAAGGCAAGAUCCCAGACGAGGAGGUUCGACAAGCCUUGGAGAAGUUUCAUGAGUCAAAAGAGGUGGCUGAGACGAGCAUGUACAACCUACUGGAGACUGAUGUAAGAACAAGUUCAACUCUACUCAAGGUUAACCCCUUUAGUGCCAGGAUAUACUGUAGAUAUAAACUAUGUUUCCAAUGGUUGAAAGCUGUUGUUUUGCAGCAGCAUACUCGUACAUGUUGUAUUUUUAUACCCCCAACAAAUGGUUUUUUGAAGUCAUCCACGAAGUACGAAAUCUAAAAAAAGACAAAAAUUCCCUGUCGCCAGUAUGUGAAGUAUGCAGUAUUUUAAAACGGUAUUUGGUAAAAUCAUACAAGCAUCGAAACAAAAACAGCUGCAACAGCUCAGUAUCGGAUUAGAUGGUGAACACAAUACAGUAAAAAAAAGCAAAGUGAAAGAUUUGUAUUUUUUUGUUCACUGUAGUUUGAUUUGCUUCCUCUGAGAUUCACAGAAACAAACGUUAUAGUACCAUAAAACAGUUUGCGUAAGGACGCACAUUUCUUAAAAAGGGCACAGCUUGUGUUUGUAAACCUGUUUUAAAGCUCCUAUAAGGAACAUUUACUAUGUGUCAAUUUUGGCACCCUCCUGUGGACAUAACACUCUUCACUGAUCUUAUCCUGAGUGAUUUCUUAUUAAAAAUCCCAUCCUGCUGACUUGAAGGUAAAUAACGUCAUUUAUUGUGAAUACUCUAUGUGCAAAGUGUAAAACAGGAUUAUUAUUUAAAUCUUUUUAAAGAUGACACCUACCCCCCUACCCCAAAAAAGUCCAAAAACUCCUCACAGGAGCUUUAAGUUUUCUGUGUAAACUUCAGAAUAUCAACUUGUUUUUAGGUUCACCUUACGGCAAUGUCAACCACUGCAGCAGCCUCUGUAGCCUUCAGGCCAAACUUCUACUACAUGCACAUCAGUUCCCAUAACUACCUCAGCCCAAAAUCAAAUCAAAAGUUGUAAAAAACAGAAGUUUAAUUUUAUUACAUCUCAAAAAAAAUCACUCUACCAUUUGCCGUAGAAGUCAUUGCUGACUGUGUGACUUUCUGCCUCAUCAGUAUCAGUCUGUGAAAUCCCAUGUUGUUUGGGCACUCACUUUUUGUCUGGUUGUUAUUGAGCCCAUGCAUCGCCACCAUUGCAUCCUACUUUCCACUACACACCCACAGAGUAAACACGCUGCAAUAGCUACCCUUUAAAGAGCAACAAAACACACCCGUUCAAGCAUAAUAAAAGUUUAAUAAAAGAUAAACAGGUCUUAAAAUAUCCACAGGGGACAGGAUGAGCGGCUUAGAGAGUACAACUGAGUGUACGGAAACUGUAUGUAGUUUAUUCUGAUACGUUGAAACACAGUAAUGAGGGGUUUGUUUUCAAGUGGAACGUGGGUUGACAAUGUGAAUACGACCAGCGCUGUGUAGAGGAAGUGUGUGUGCUUCAUAUUUCCUGUAAAUUCUCUUGUGUCAGCCUCUUUUAUCUUGUUCCCUACGAUUAUUCAUACUCCAAUCAUUCAAUGGGGAAGUUAGAAAAAAUAAUACUGAUGUAACAUCUUACGAGCUCCAGAUGAGGACCUUGGAAGUUGAAGUGAAAUGACUCUGGUUAUCUUGUCUAUAUGAGGUAUUUCUGUGUGUGUUUUUUGUGUAGAUAGAGCAGGUGAGCCAGCUCUCCUCUCUGGUGGAGUCCCAGCUGCAGUAUCACAGACAGGCUGUGCAGGUGCUGGAGGAGCUUUCUGACAAACUCAGAGACAGGUGUGGUAUGAGAGCUGACUCACACAUAUAUACCAACAUACAGUUUAGUUCUCUGCACAGAGGUGUUCCCCAGUCUGGUUCUGGCUCCAACAGUCCACAGUGUAUGAAAAACUUCAUGAUAACUUUGUAUUCAUGUUGAAGAUGUUAAUUAUCGAUAUAAUUAUUAUAAUUAUUUAACAUAUAUUUUAAUUGCAGCCCUGGAUGUUUUAUGCUAUUGCUUAAUGACCUACUUUUAAUAAAGAACACACAAGCACUGAAUACACACCUAAACCCAAACCCAUCUUUGACUUUGGAGAUGACAACCAUUCUAACGGCGGCUACCCAACCUCCAUGGCCCUGCCGCCAUCACGCAACUCAGGUACGAAGCAGCUGAAGAGACUUUGAGUGUCUGAUGUUCAAUCAACAUUUUGAUAUUUUUAUAAAACUAUCAAGCUUUCCGGUGUCAUGAUAACAAAGUAGAGCAGCUGAGGUUUCUACAAAGCCAAAAGAGAAAGGAAACGCCCACAGUGGUUUUACUUUGAAGUCUUUCUCACAGUGAUCAUGUCACCCUCGUAGCCAAACAAAAAAAGGCAGCAUUUUUUGGUAAAGAGCUGCUGCAGUGCAGUUGCAGCUGUCUCUGCAUGUAAAAGACUGCUCAGCCAAGAAGCGAGUUCCCUCCGAACAAACUCUCCAAAGUGCCAACAUGAUUGCUCAAGACCUGCAACUAAUCAGUACCACUGUGCAGGAAAAAAUGUGAGACAAUCUUUUUUUGUCGUCUUAUUGAGGCUCGUAAAUGUGGCAGAUACUGAAGGUUUGACUCAGUAGCUGGCCACAAGAAAAUGGAUGUCUGUGUCCACAUGUGGGAGUGUGUUGUGUUGUCUGUGUGUUUUUGUGAGAGUGGGUAAGUGUCAGUGAGUGUAUGUCUUGCCCUGUCAUCUGGCUGGCCUUUCUCCAACUGACCUUGUUCCUUUCUCUUCUGACGUCAUCAUCAUCAUCAGAGCCAGAUUGUCCUUUCGGAAACCACGAUUGUGUCAGUCACAGACCGUGUGGGACAGUUUUUCAGAGUCGCAGUUUUUGUGGUGUGCAAAUGCCGCCGCGCGCUCACCGCUUGUGCGAGGUGAAACGCAGGAAGGCAGGAAACACAUUUGCUUCUUUCUCACGGGUUCCUUGCAUUAUUGCUAGUUUAUAAUGCAUGAAUAGUGAGACAGCAUAUGUGGAGUUUUGUGUAACCAACAUUUGUUGCGCAGUCUUACUCAAUAGAGUUUCUCAACAACUCUGCAGCCGCUGUUAAGUCAAGACACAUCUAUGUAGGGACAACAUACAUGUCACCUGUAUUACAAUGACUUUGAAUGAGUUUCCAAAUCAGUGUUUCCUCUCGGGGAGGGAGAAAAAAUCAAUACAGCAUAGUGUUGCAAUAUUUUGUCUGGUGAUAUAUUGUAUCGCCUCAUUUACCAAGUAUUGAUUUUUUUCAAAUAAAUUGUUUAUAUGAAGUCAAAUCUAUGAUAAAGGAAAAAUAAAAUCAACAUUUUAUUUUUUUUAUUUUCUUUUUCACAACAAAAAAUAUAAUAAAAAACAAUUCAGCAUUUCCAGUUCACAUUUCCUACAUAAUAGUAAUGCAGCAAAGCCAUAUAUAUGACAAUGUAUAACAAUAAUGAAGCAAAAGAGAAAAAAAAUAAUUAAAAAAAAUAAUAAUAAUAACUAAUUAAUAAAAUCAACCGUUAGUCCAGUGAGGUUGGUAGAGGUGACAUCAUAGAGCAGGAGAAAGUUAGUGCAACAAAUAUAACAGCACCUGGGGAAAGACAUAAGGAAUGCAAGCAGGGCACAAAUGAGAUGGACCUGACAUGUAAGGUUUGCCAGAUGUGCCACAUGAAAAUAAAAUACUGUGUAAAUAAGACAAACAUUAGGGAAAGCCAAAUGCUAAAUUAGCUAACCGUAGAAAAAAAAAUGUAUAUAUCGAAAUAUAUACUAUCGCAAUACUCACUGUAUCGCAAAAUGUUAAAAAUCGUGAUAAUAUCGUAUCGUGGCCCAAGUAUUGUGAUAAUAUCGUGUUGUGGAGCCACUGGUGAUUCCCAACCCUAGUUUCUUCUGAAAGGACUCUGAACCCACAUGCAGAAAUCUCAGUUAUGAACCUUGGCUUGUAUUAAUGCAACAAAGAUUACUGUUGAGAGUAAAGUCCCCUGUGAGCCAUUACUGGAAAGUUUUAUUCAGUUCCUGCCUCCUAUCCUAGUUUUUAUUGCACUGCGUCAUGACGAGUGGUGAUAUAAACUAGGUCUGAAUUACUGCAACAAUCUUCUCUAAUAUUAAAGCCAUUAAGAUGAAGGCCAUAGAGAACAGAACUGCCACGGAGCAGCAAUCUCCAGGUGGGUCAUACCGGCUGCCACAGAUUGAAGCUAUCUUUCCUGAAAUUACAGUUAUUCUAGAGUUUAUUUUAUCUUUCGAGAAAUGGAUCAGUUGUGGAAACAGAGCCACAGGAUUAUCACUUAUACAGCCACUCUGCUUGGUGUCACAGCUUUUACAACUUCACCGUUUAGAUUUUGUCUCACUGCUUAUCCACAAUGAAUGGCUCAAAUAAGCGGCAAUUAAUCUGUAGUAAGUAAUCUACUAAGUAAGUCUAAUUUAGUGGUUUAUCAGUGCUCUACAGACUUCUGUUAAAGGAGUCUGUGCAACUGCUUAAGCUGAGAGGAAGUAUCAGCUUUUAAUUGCUUCAGAUUUUACACUAAUUGUUAACACAGCUGAUUCUGCUCCUGUAAUUCAAUGUAGUAUGGAGUAUAACACAGAGAAAGAGUGACCGAGGCCUUUCUCAUCUCUCGCCUGCCCUCCAGUCUGUGGGUAAACUUGAUACAAUGAGAAAAUUGUUUGGGGACAAAAAAGCCUAGUUUGUCUGUGUGUGAAGCCUCACUCUCCUCUGCUGAUCCAUGUGAGGUCACGGAGAGGGAAAGACGAGGAAAGAAGGAAAGGAGAAGAAGAAGAAUAUACACACAGAAAUCUAGUGUCAGGGUUUUCUUUUUCCUUUUCUAACUUGUCAGCGAUCAUCAGCUUUUCUGCUGUUGUCUUGUAGCUGACAUAACUGUUUCACUAACUCACUGUAACAAAGAGUUAAAGGGAUAUUCCGGCGCAAAAUUAACUUCAAACACUGUAACACCGAGUUAGACACCCCCCUCAAGAGAUUAAUGUUGCAGACCGCUUGCUUCUUUAUACCAACUUUAGUUACAACCGCAGAUAGCAAUACAGAGAGCCACACGCUUAACCAAAAAGCCACUCUAUAGCCACAAAUAAUGCUCUGAACAGCAUCUAACUUCAUCAACAGUACAUGUACAACACACCUGAUUCAAAUGAUCAGCUCGUUAUCAAGCUCUGUAAUGGCUUGAUAACGAGCUGAUCAUUUGAAUCAGGUGUUUUGGAGCAGGGAAACGUCCAAAACAAGCAGGACAGUGGGCCUCGAGGACUGGAAUUGAGAACCACUGGCCUAAGGUCUCGCUACAAACAAGCGGCUGCUGGAAGAUAGUAGGUGAGUUGAGUUUAGUCUCUUUGCUAAAGAAAUCAGGCAAAGUUUAAAAGAUGUUUGGUUUCUAGUACUGUGGCUGGGACCCUAUAUGUACUGUUGAUGAAGUUAGGUGCUGUUCUGCGCAUUAUUUGUGGCUAUAGAGUGGCGUUUUGGUUGAGGUUUGUUUAAGGCUCCUCAGACCGCUGUGUAUUGCUGUCGUGCGGUUGUUACUAAAGUUGGUAUAACUAGAAGCAAGCAGUCGGCAACAUUCAUCUCUCGAGGGGGUGUCUAACUCGGUGUUACGGUGUGUUUGACUCUGAUUUAAUUUCACGCUGGAAUAUCCCUUUAAAUAAGGUGUGCAGUGUGACACUUGCUUUUACUCCUAAAAGCAUCCACAAAUUUUCCUCCUUUUCUGCCCUAAGAUCCUCACUCUUGUCUCCUCGUUUGUGUUUUGCCAGCCCCAGAGCAGCCAAGCUGUAAGGCGCUGUACGACUUUGAGCCAGAGAACGAGGGAGAGCUGGGUUUCCGCGAGGGCGACAUCAUCACCCUGACCAAUCAGAUCGACGAGAACUGGUACGAGGGAAUGCUAAACGGCCAGUCUGGAUUCUUCCCUCUUAACUACGUCGAGGUCCUCGUCCCGUUGCCACACUAAUGCAGAGAGCGAGAGAGCCAAGAGGAGACUGAAGGAGAGGAGGAGGAGGAGGAGGAGGAGAGAGCAAGUAGAAUUUAUAGAGAAGAGGAUGUGAAGCCAAGGAGUGGUCUGCAGAAUAUUCAUUUUCACCUUCAGCUCCAACUUCAUCUUCACUGAUGAGCACUUUUCAUCCACAUUUCCGGAGAAGAUGGUCACAUUUCAAAGUCCAGACCAGAGUGUUGACCUGGUCAUCCAGAUGGACACAAAAUGCCAGAACUCAUUAUCUGGCACUCUUGACACAUUUUUUUAGGGCUAACUAUUGAAACAUUUUCAAGCAAUAUUUUCUUCAACCUCGAAUUGCUUCAAGAGUGAAGACAAUUUGUAUUAAAUCUAGUGAUCUGAAUAACGGGGUGACAUUUUCAUAUCACUCUUUUUGUGUGGCUGAAGUCUGUUUCAAACUCAGGUUGGUCACCAGCUCAACAGUGAGAGACUGAAGAGGUCCACUCACACCUCACAGGAAGUGUCAUUUCAAAACUGAAAAUAUUUGUUCGUGCCCCUUUGUAACUUGAGCUGGUAUCCUUAGUGCCUCCUGCUGGUUAAAUAUAGAAUUGGAAAAUGGAACUACACACUACUAGGCAUGUAGUUCAGCAUGUACAGAAGAGGAAUAAAACUGCAGCCGUAUUUUUUUAGUGAGAAACACGGUUUUGUGAUGUGGACAGUUUCAGGUUUGGCUUUUCGUAACGCUCUUUUAAAAGCUGUGUGUCUGAGCUGUGUGCCGAUGGGAGCUUAAGAGAACAACAGGCCUCGUACAUCAGUUUCCUUUUAUUGUUUCAGUAUUUGAUUGAUGUUGGUCUCAACCUACCACAGUAGUUUCACAAGUUCUUACUGACGAUGUGAGAAAUGUAAUUGCACCUUGAUCCUCCAAUGAGAUUGAUAUGCGUGUGUGAGACAGACGUAUUCCACCUUUACACACAGACCCAAAGUUAAAUGCACAAGUUGCACCUUUGUGUCACUUAGGCAGAUGUGUGUUUGUUGUCUAUAGAUGCAGAAUGGUUUGUUUUUCAGUGGUUGUCUGUUAGUCCGUUUUGACAGAGGAAUCAGAGCCAAAAAGUCUUUAUAAAAUGCAAUAGAAACAUAAUCGUUAACUACCAACUAUUCUGUAACACAGCCAUAUUUUACAUCUAGUUUUGGGCCUGUCUGUCUGUCUGUCCGUGCAUGUUUUCUUUUAUAAUCUCCUUAUAGACUCCUGUUGACUUUGCAGUGCCUGAGUAGAUGGAUAGAUUAAGUAACGCUGCCGGCAGCGCGUCGAUCUUUUCAUCACUAACUGUCCCUCUGUGUCCGUCUGCCCUCUAGUCUUUGAUAAUGUGAAACUCAUCCCCGCUCUGAAACUUAUCCUCACCUUCUGAUGAUUCUUGACGCCUCAUCUCCUCUAUGUUAGUUAGCACAUGGGGUUGAAACACGCAGACUUCUUUUAAUAUAAUCUCUUUUUAGUCAAGGCUGGUUCCUUGUUCUGGGUUUAGCCACAGAUGAAGUCUGACCCGGUAUACACUGUAAAGAAUGAGGGAAAGACCUGGAAUGAAAGGGAAAACACCUAGGGAAAAGUCAUGGUUGGCUUUUUUGACUCGAAUCAGAGAACUUUUGUUUCCAAACAUGAAUCUUUAUCGAAUAGUUAUCUUAGUAUUUCCCCCUCACUCUCUCUGUUUGUCCAUCACUCCCUGCUGCCAAACAUUUCCUCGUCUAAUAAUGUUUACAUCCAUGAUCCAACUACAUUUCAGUGCUUGUAUCAAGAUUGAGGCUGGGUUCAAAGACUGGAUAACGCAGUCCUUUGUUUUAGUGCCUUCGGAAAAGAGAGGACUAAUACAGCAACCAAAUCCUAACCUAGCUACUUCAGACACAGUCAAGAAUUUCUUUUCUGUUUGGUUUGAGUGUAAGCCAUUGGCACUUUUUCUGUGUGGAUGAAAUGCAUGUGUGCUCCUUCCUGCACAUCUCUUGACACUACAGGCAGUUUUCAGCACAUGAGUUGUUUGACUAAUGUGAGGCGAAAACUGUUUUUAUGUUGAUUUUAAUCCAUGUUUGAAAAAAAAAGUCCCACUGAUACCUUCUUCUUUAAAGGGCUAUGUAUUUGUUUAAUCAGUCUUAAAUGCUUUUUUGAACAGCAUUGAAUCAUUCUGGCUCUUUAUUGUUUUAUUUUUAUAUACAAAACCUUAAAACAUUUAAAUUAAUCUUUGCAUGUAGUCCUCUAUUACACCUCGUUCAUGUAUGUCUUAGAGUUAAGUUGCCUUUUUACUUUUGGUAUGAGUACAGAAAUUAACCGCAACAUUUUUCCUUUUAUUAUCAAAGUAUUUGUAUGUGCUUCUUUAUUGUCCCCCACCUCCCCCUUCUUACAAUAAAUGAUAAAGAAAAAGGGCUGUUGUUGAGUUUUGUCAAAACUGGAGUCCUCUUAUGGAAAAAUAGUUUUAGCUUACGACACAUUUUUCACCUUUUGACGAACAUUUUUGCUUUGAAA